CUCAAUUUUAGUAGGCUCUCAGCCUCCGAGCGGAUAACAAAAGUUUUCUUCCAUAAAAAAUCUUGCGAAAUUUUUUUUGCGAAUACAAUUUUUUUCUUUCAUAAAAAAUUCAAUUUUUGCUAAAAUUAGAAUUAGUUUCACAAAUUUUUUUAAAUUUAAGCUUCAAACUUAAUUUAAACAAAAAAAAAAAAAAAUACUAUCGUGCCAAAAUUGUACUCAAUAUAUUCUUGAAAGGAAAAGUUGUACAUAUAGAUCGGGUAUAAAAUAUUCACACAAAGUGGGAUAUGAAUCUGGAAUGAAAAGUGUAAAUGAUGGCGGCAAGGAAAAGUUUAAAUAACUUCCCCGAAAACCGUUGAAUGUAAACAUUAAAUGUUUUUCGAAAGAUACAAAAAAAAAAAAAAAAAAAAAUAGAUUAAAUAAAUAAAAAAAAAAACUAAAUUACUUAGCCUUCUGGCAUUGCUGAAACAUCUUCACUUUGCAGCCUGGAUGUUUUUUUUGUGUUUCAUAAAAGUUGAGAUAAAAAAAACUCACACAUUUCACUUGUGCAAAUUUUAAUUAGUGCUCCUCUUAGUUCCAGCCACAGCCACUACGGAUGAAUGUGAGAUUCAUGUUUUGUGUUCGGUUUGUGUUGUUUUAAAUUUUCAAGGAUUUAUCCUUUUUUUCGAGUGGAAAGUCGAAAAAGUUUUUCAACUGGGAUUCAUACAUACAUAGCUAACUGUUGUAGUAUAGAAAAGCAAAUGUUAAUUCUGUGAACAAAUUUUGAAAUGUUUUUGCACCUUUGGAAAAUGCAACACUGGCUAUCUAAAUAAAAGAAUAAAAAAAAAUCAAGUCAUAGUGCAGGGCAGAAAAGUGAAUAACUAAACAAAAAGAAAUAAAAAAAAAGAAAAAAAUAUCUUUUGGAUUCGUUUUCUGUGCGCUUCAUUGUGGAAAUUUGUGUAUUUCGUGCAUUUUGUUUUAAUACGCCGCUGUUCGGGAUAAAUAUUUAGAUUUGUAUUAAAAAUGUAGAUUUACCUAUAUAUUGGCAUUAUUUCUGUUUAUUAUAUAGAGAAACAUGAAAAAGAGAUUAAGAGCUAAUUUUCCGCGCGAGCUUGUAUCUGUUGGUGAAUAAUUUUUAUUUUUCCAGUACUUAAUAAAAAAUUUUUUUUUUUGAUCGUGUUAUAGUGUUAUAAAAUUAACAACAAAAAAAAACUACAUAGGCAUACCGACCCAUUUGAAAAAAGUGUUGUUAUUUUAAAUCUUUUUCAUUGACCUUUUUUCUUCAAUCUAUAUAGACAUCAUGUGUUUGUUAAUAAAAUUAUUUGGUGUUGUAGCAAUUAAAACGAUGUUAUUAUAAAGAUGUCGAUAUAAAUAUGUAUAGUUAAGUAAAGGUUGUGAAUGGUUUGGAUAUUUUUGGACGUGUAACACACUAGUUGUGGAAGGAAAAGAACGAAUAUAAAGAGCUUGAUAUAUAAAAGAAUGUCGCAUUAUAAACCAUCACAAACCAAAACAAAUCUAAGAUAACAAAGUCAAUUCAUACAAAAAUAAAUAGUGAUUCCAUACAAUAUUUUGAAAUCUAAAUUUAAACAAACAAAUUCAAAACAACAACAAAAAAAGAUUAAUAUUUAAAUCAUAAAUUAAUCAUUUCGUGGAAAAUGUUAUACUCCUCUAUGGAGUCAAGAAAACAAACAAUAUUUGCAAAUAAUAAAAUCAAUUCCAACACCAACAAUCACCAGACGAUCAAUAUCAAUAACAAUCCUUCAGUUAAUAUAACAGAAGGUGAUUGCCGUGAUUCGUCAAGUAAUGGCAACGCGAAACGAUCUCAACCAUCAACCAUCUCCUCAGACCCAACAAAUAUCAGUGCGUACCGAUUACCAAAGCCAUACAUCAGCAACUCUCAUCGAUCAAGGCUAGAAAAUCCAACAUCGAGCAUGGAAAGUAACAGCAAUGGUGGUGCCACAACUGCCACUAAAAGUGGUGGUAGUUUUCGCAACAAGGAACGACCGAAUAUUAAAAGUUUAAGUUCCUCGAGUGCCAGAGAAAGCAGCGGCAGCGGAUCGGGUCUAGUGAGUUCUAACGAGCCCAAAAUUGCUAGCGAAAAAGGUACAAAUAUCGCGGGUUGUGUAGUGGAUGUGAAAACUUCUUCUCAGAAUCCUAUUAAUGUUAAGAGCAGUAGUUUAAGUACUAGUAGUAGAAUGAAACGCCAAGCGAGUGAAAGUGUUAGUGAAACUGGUGCAGCUGAGACUGCAGUGAGUAGUAGACGGCGACGAAAUGGUGCUCCUAUAACAAGUCAGCCUCAGCAAGGACGAAGUCGGCGAGAAACUUCGUCAACACCAACCAAACAGCAACGACCUUCAGAUAAUUUCUAUAGCAGUCAAUCGACAAUGCAUUCGAUGGGUGGUGGAAAAUCACCUUCUAGAGGUGCAUCUUCCGGACAUCAUCGCCGGAAACACGGCAAUCAGAGACGAAGAAGUCUUGUGUCUUCGACUGACGGCUCAUCAUCAUCAUCGUCGUGCAGUGGGUCGUGCAGCAGUGAAGACGGGGAUUCGAACUCCACCUCAUCCGGUGAGCCAAACCUGCCAUACCCGGGAUUUCCUGCAGUAGCACUUAAAUACCUGACUCAGGAUACAAGACCGAGAAAUUGGUGCUUAAGGCUGAUAACAAAUCCAUGGUUCGAGCGGAUAUCAAUUUUGGUUAUCAUUUUGAACUGUGUUACCCUGGGGAUGUACCAGCCAUGCGUGGAUGAUGCUUGUGUCACAAAUCGAUGUAAAAUAUUGCAGAUGUUCGAUGAUAUAAUUUUUGCAUUUUUCGCGCUGGAGAUGAGCAUCAAAAUGGUCGCCAUGGGAAUGUAUGGAAAGAACACCUAUCUGGCUGACUCGUGGAAUCGUUUGGACUUUUUCAUUGUCCUUGCUGGACUCCUCGAAUAUGUGAUGCAUGUCGAGAAUUUAAAUUUAACAGCGAUACGGACGAUACGGGUAUUGCGACCGCUCCGAGCUAUCAAUCGAAUUCCAAGUAUGAGAAUCUUGGUUAUGCUUCUUCUAGAUACCUUGCCAAUGCUGGGCAAUGUCCUAUUAUUGUGCUUCUUCGUAUUUUUCAUUUUCGGAAUAAUUGGCGUCCAAAUGUGGGAAGGAAUUCUCAGACAACGCUGUGUCAAAUCUAUACCUGAAAAUUAUCUAUGGCCAAAGGAACUACAUGACGAUUACAGAGUUCGAGUCCGUGUUAACUCGUUUAACACUUACAGACUCGCAGAAAGUAUUUCAUUUUAUUAUGAAUUCUCCAAAGAACAAGAUUACAUUUGUUCGAUACCAGAAGACUCUGGAAUGCAUCUUUGCAAAGACUUUCCACCAUAUCGUAUUGGAGCGCUUGUAUGUAAUGCAUCUGCACUUCCAUUAUCCUUCAAUCAUCCAACAAACGUAUCAUGUGUGAAUUGGAACCAGUACUACACUAAUUGCUCAGCUGUGGGUCCAAAUCCAUUUCAGGGAACGAUAUCAUUUGAUAACAUUGGAAUGGCUUGGGUUGCAAUAUUUCUGGUUAUUUCAUUAGAAGGAUGGACGGAUAUAAUGUACUAUGUUCAAGAUGCACACAGCUUUUGGGACUGGAUAUAUUUUGUGCUUUUGAUUGUGAUUGGAUCUUUUUUUAUGAUAAACUUGUGCCUCGUCGUCAUUGCCACACAAUUCGCCGAAACGAAAAAGCGCGAAAUGGAACGAAUGCGUCAAGAACGUGCUCGCUACACAUCUACAUCGACACUAGCUUCAAGUACCAAUAACUCAGAGCCUGCCACUUGCUAUGCGGAAAUAGUGAAAUACAUCGCCCACCUAUGGAGACGCUCCAAAAGAAGACUACUUAAGAAGUACAGAUUAUAUAAACAUCAACGUCAACAGAAAAAGGAAGGUCUUUUACCGAAUGCUGAUAAUUUAACAUUCUCGCCCAGCCGGAUCAAAUGUCAUCACCCCAAAUGCCCCAAAUAUAUCAAUCGGAAGCCGUCCAACAUUCAAGAUCAAAUGAUAACUGUAAUGGUGCCAUUAAACUCGAAUAAUAAUGUCAACACAACAAUUGUUGCGGCUGCAGCAACAACAUCAACAGCCACAACAAACAAUGCCAAUGGUGGCAAUGCAAUGUCAACAGUGGCUCAUGCCACUGUAUUGCCAAUGCAUGCAACAACAACCGUUGGAAGCAGUGGUGGUGGUGGUGCAAGCACUGGUACUGGUGUCAUAGCUGUAGGAGGGCCAAUAACACUUAAUCAGAAUCUAUCUUACUCAUCGAUAAAUUCCAUCCUGCAUCCUCAUCCUCACACCAUCCCAAUGGGCAAUGUGGGUAGCAAUAGUUCUAGUACUGGGAAUACAAUCAACAACAGUUUGGUGCAGAAUGCACUUAACCACAAUCACCACCAACAGAAUAACCCAGUUAUGGUGGCUAACAAUGGGACGCAUAAUUCGUCAUCGGAGAACUCUGAGCUAUCGGCAGAGGUUUCCGCUUAUGGACAACGAGCGUCGAAUCUAAAGAAGACCAAGCCAAAUCACAUGAAGGAUGACAAUACAAGUUGCAGCAGUGGACAAAAAACGAUUUUGCUGAAGAUACCAACAGGUAUCGAUUCGGAACAGUUAAUUAAUCACCCAUGUACCUCGGGCUUCCUUAGUCCACCGUCAUCAGCUAGACGACGUUCAUCUGUUAUGUUCAAUGAGUUUGUAAUAUUGCACACUCCACCAUCUAUUCCGGAACCAACUCAGGACAAAAACGUCUGUUCAUCGGAGAAAAUGACACAAACCGGUGAUGGUACUAUCUGGCAGGUUAAUCUUCCACAAACAAUUGCUAGUCAUGCUCUGGCCAAUCCUUAUAGUGAUUGUUCAGAACUGGGUCUGCAUGACGCGAUGACGUGUCAAGAGCUGCUGGCUUUCUCAGUUGCCUUUUCUGCAGCUCUUCCAACAGGACAGAGCACACUGGAGUCGUUUUAUACUUCAUUAGCACGUUUCGAUCCACACACAGCUGAGGCACUCAAAAACCAUCAGAAUCUGGAGAGCUCCAAUGCGAAUAAUAUAUUACGAGGGACUAAUGCCACCAUUACCCAUUCCAGCGGUGGUGGUGGAGCUGGUGCUGGUAGCAACGGAGGUAAUGGAGGUGGUGGGAAUUACAUCGAAGACUAUUCUUGCUGUUAUGACUUAUACCAGAACGCCUUAUCUCCUCUCGAGGAGAAAAAUAAGCACAGAUCGAAAUUAAUGUCUGGAAUCAUCAUGGUCUACCAUUAUAUCAGUAGAAUACUUCAUUUUGCACGUCGCCACAUCAAACGUCUAGUGGAGCAUAAAUAUUUCCAGCAGAGCAUUUUGCUGGCCAUACUCAUCAAUACGCUCAGCAUGGGAAUUGAAUACCACAAACAACCGGAGGAACUGACCGCCAUUGUGGAAACCAGCAAUGUUGUCUUCUCGGCCAUAUUUGCGGUAGAAAUGUUAUUGAAAGUUGUUGCUGAGGGCCCAUUUUCUUAUAUAGCCAAUGGGUUUAAUGUGUUCGAUGGAAUAAUCGUGAUUUUAAGUGCCAUUGAAAUUUGUCAGACAUUCAGCGGUAAUGGUGGCGGCGGCGGUGGUUCCGGUCUAAGUGUACUUAGAACUUUUCGCUUGUUGCGUAUACUUAAGCUGGUUAGAUUUAUGCCAAAUCUCCGACGACAAUUAUUUGUGAUGCUGCGAACAAUGGACAAUGUGGCGGUAUUCUUCUCACUGCUGGUAUUGUUCAUCUUUAUAUUUAGCAUACUUGGCAUGUAUCUAUUUGGCGGUAAGUUUUGUAAAUUUAUGGACGAAUCUGGACAAGAAAGGGAAUGUACUUGUCCUGAAAUAAUCAACAAGCAUCCACUAUGUGAAUGUGAUCGCAAACAUUUCAACAACAUUUUAUGGGCAACAGUAACAGUUUUUCAAAUCCUUACACAAGAGGAUUGGAACGUAGUUCUGUUCAAUGGCAUGGAAAAGACUAGCCAUUGGGCAGCAUUGUACUUCGUGGCAUUGAUGACAUUUGGCAAUUAUGUUCUCUUUAAUUUGCUUGUUGCUAUUCUUGUUGAAGGAUUCAGUUCAGAGCGUAACGAACGUCGAGAACGGGAGCAAAGAGAAUUGGUUAAAAAGCUCCGUGAAGAGACUUUAGCUGAGAACUACAGUGAUAUAAUGUACGACGAAUCACGAAGUACUUCGGAUUCAUCAUCAACCAAUGAAAGCUACUAUGAAAUUCGCAAUAAGUGGCAUAGUGCUGAAGAUGUUAGAAAGCUUAAUGACGCAACUGAAAUAACAAUCGAUCCAAAGUGCAAUAUUCAAAAACAACGGAUGCUUCAGCCAACCCUUGAUUAUCAAGUCAAUGAGUCUAAUUCAGCUGUUAAAAAGUCAUCAGAAAAAGACAUUAGUAGGCUACUGGAGGAUGAUAGAAAAAUUUUGAAAAAGACAUAUUCCAUAAAGGAACGCCGCAGUGAGAGCGCAAAACUUACAAAACUACGUCCAGUAAGAGACCCACCCAUAAUAAUGACAACAGCAGCAACACCACAAGACUCACCCAAUACAACUCUUGAGUCAGGAACGACUUUCAAGAAUUGGAAUCAGCAAGAAUUCGAAGCAGCAACAGCUCGAUUAGAAAGUGUCUUAAAGCAAAGUCACAGUUCGCCUUCACUUCUUAAACCACCGACACUUCUCAACGCUCAAUGUUCAUUAGAUGAAGGUAUUCCUUCAAUUGAAUUCAUUCCACCCUCUCCAGUGAUGCCACAUAAAGCGCCUGUGAACAUAUUGAGUGUUAGUAAUUUAGGAAGCAAUACUAGUAUUAAUCAAUUAGGUAGUAAUCGAAAUCUAACAGAUGACAUAACAAAGAAUUCCACUACUUCUCCAUCAUCUGCUGACGAUAAUCAACUUAAAUCCACACCCAAUUCAGCAAAUUCAAAUAGCAGUGGAAUUAUCAUAAACCCUCAAGUUCAGCGAACACCGAGCUUCAAUCGUUUUCGACGUUCGAGUUCGAAAAAGAAAAAACCUCCAAUCGAUGGUUCGGCAGAAGUUGAUGAGGAAAAUAUUAUUUUAAAUAAUGGAAGAGACUCCUCCCAGUUACUUGGGAAGGGCACUCAAAGAGCUGACCCAUUUUUACGAUCAGCCAACCGUAUACAAAACAACACUAAAGACACCAACAAAAAUAGUCCCCAAAAUUCAAUACGUCGUCUAUCAGUGGCAAGCAGUACUGGUGGCAUUGAAAGUGGCAGUGGCUCAGGCAGACGUGCUUCCUGUGCUUACAAUAACUCUCAAUUUUACCAGAACAUAAACCGUCAUAACUCGAUAAAGAACUAUUCGGGUAGAAGAAUGUCAUCUAUUGAAAUAGCCUUCGGAAAGGCGUCGAAUUUAAAUUUUUACAACUUGGAGGCCAAUCGAAAAUCAUUGUCGUAUACGAAUUCAAAAAUUGAUUUAGAUAAAUGGCAAAAAUCACUGUCGAAUCUUAAUGAACCGGAAGUGAUGCAACAGGCCAAAGAUGAAAAGGCAGCAAAAAAGAAAGAAAAAUACCUAAAUCAACAGCAAUCGCAUUCCAUUCUGACAAACUCGGAGCGAGUUUCGAAGAUAAAAAUUCUUAUAGAACGCCUUAAGCCAACAAAUUUUACCGAGGAACGUGACUCGUAUUCGAUGUACAUUUUUCCUGAGGACAAUAGGUUUCGGCAGAUAUGUUCCUGGUUUGUGAAUCAAAAAUGGUUUGACAACGUUGUUUUGCUGUUUAUCGCCCUCAAUUGUAUAACACUGGCAAUGGAAAGGCCAAAUAUACCACCUAAUAGCCCUGAACGAUUAUUCCUAGGCACAGCCAAUUACGUGUUCACAGUAGUAUUUACGGUGGAAAUGUUCGUUAAGGUGGUCGCCACUGGAAUGUUCUAUGGACCGGAUGCCUACUUCACAUCUGGAUGGAACAUUAUGGAUGGAUCUCUUGUAACAAUAUCAAUAAUUGAUUUGCUAAUGUCAUUGAUAAGUGAAUCGAGUCCAAGGAUAUUUGGGAUUUUAAGGGUGUUUCGACUACUUCGGUCCCUUCGGCCCUUACGUGUUAUUAAUCGGGCCCCGGGCUUGAAAUUAGUCGUGCAAACGCUCUUAUCGUCCCUCCGUCCUAUUGGAAACAUCGUCCUUAUCUGUUGUACAUUCUUUAUUAUAUUUGGGAUCCUUGGUGUCCAACUUUUCAAAGGAACAUUCUACUACUGUGAGGGUGAGAAUAUCAAAAACGUCCGCAACAUGAGUGAUUGUCUGAAAAUCGAAGGCAACGCAUGGAUAAAUAGAAAAUACAAUUUCGACGAUUUGGGAAAAGCUCUAAUGUCCCUUUUCGUUCUUUCAUCACGUGACGGUUGGGUUAACAUAAUGUACACCGGCCUGGAUGCGGUCGGUGUUGAUCAGCAGCCAAUUGUAAAUUAUAACGAAUGGCGGCUGCUGUACUUCAUAGCGUUUAUUCUGCUCGUCGGAUUUUUUGUCCUGAACAUGUUCGUCGGAGUGGUUGUUGAGAAUUUUCAUCGCUGUCGCGAGGAACAGGAAAAGGAGGAAAAAAUCCGACGCGCUGCAAAGCGUGCACUACAGAUGGAGAAAAAACGCCGACGCAUGCAUGAGCCACCCUACUAUUCGAAAUACUCACCGACUCGAUUGUUUGUGCACAACGUGGUGACAUCUAAGUACUUUGACCUGGCAAUUGCCGCUGUAAUCGGCCUAAAUGUUGUUACCAUGGCUAUGGAAUAUUAUAAAAUGCCCGAAUUCCUUGGAUAUGUAUUAAAGAUUUUCAAUUAUUUUUUUACUGCAGUUUUUAUAUUGGAAGCCGUCAUGAAAGUAGUUGCAUUGGGAAUGCGUCUCUAUAUGAAAGACAAAUGGAAUCAGCUUGAUGUUGGCAUUGUUAUACUUUCCAUAGUGGGAAUCGUUUUGGAAGAGCUUGAGACUAAUAUCAUACCAAUUAAUCCGACAAUAAUCCGGGUAAUGCGAGUGCUGCGCAUUGCUCGUGUAUUAAAACUUUUAAAAAUGGCCAAAGGAAUUCGGGCACUGCUCGAUACCGUGAUGCAGGCACUGCCACAAGUUGGUAACCUGGGAUUGCUCUUUUUCCUGCUGUUCUUUAUAUUUGCCGCCUUGGGCGUUGAACUCUUUGGCCGUCUAGAGUGCUCUGAUGAGAUACCAUGUCAGGGCCUAGGAGAACAUGCUCAUUUCGCCAAUUUCGGUAUGGCUUUCCUUACAUUGUUUCGCGUAGCGACAGGCGAUAACUGGAACGGCAUCAUGAAAGAUACCUUGCGAGAUAACUGUGAUGACGCUGCCGAUUGCGUGCGCAAUUGCUGCGUCAGCUCAGUGAUAGCUCCGAUAUUUUUUGUGAUAUUCGUUCUGAUGGCACAAUUUGUGUUAGUAAAUGUCGUCGUGGCUGUACUGAUGAAACACCUCGAGGAGAGCCACAAACAGAUGGAAGACGAAAUGGACAUGGAUGUUGAGCUUGAGCGAGAACUAGUACGCGAGCAAGAGUUUGAGGAGGAGCAAGCGCUUUGUUUGCAAUUGCAAUCGCAAAAAGAAGCUGCUAAAAAGCCCCUUGAAAAGGUAUCAUCGCUACCCUCAAACUUUACAUACAGUACUCCGUCAUUGGAUAAGAAAUUUACAAAUACAGGACGGCGACAAACGGUGCAAUACUUUAACCAAUCAGGUAUGGGAUUGACAGAUCUAGGUAAUUUGACAGUGCAAUCGUUGGCGAUGCUUGGUGAAAAAAAUAGUAUAUCUGAAGAGGUUGCUGAAGGUAAUGACUUCAAUGAAUCAGACGAAGCUAGACGAGCGAUAGCCAUCAGCUUGCAAGUACCACCCGUGACAGGUCGCAGAAUGGGACGUCGAAGUAGUACGACAUUCCAACGAAAACGGGGAGUACUUACAAAGGAACGAUCGUUAGACGAACAGGCCAUUCGUCGUCGAAAUUUCGAAUCUAAGCAAAUGAGUUGCGACAGCCUACCGUGGGGUGGGGUUGCAGCCGAUAGUCGAACAAUAUUUGAAAGCCUCGAGAGUGAUACAAGUCCUCCACCAACAAUACAGCAAACCUAUGACAAGCGAAGUAUCCGUAGCGAGGAUUGCACUGCCAAACUUGUAGACAUAAGCCCCAGUAUUCGCCCAGCAAUACCAACGGACAAGUGUUCACCUCCAUUAAUCUUACCCCAACCAUCAACCAAAGAUACCCUUCCUCCAAAAACUGAAAGAAGAACACCAUCGACAUUUGGCCGUUCGCUUUCAUCGGAUCAAGGAUGCCUAGGGCGUGGCAGUGGCAUCGGUGGCGGUACAUUACUCUCUGUGCCAAGAUCAAUGCCACCUCGCAGUCGUUCCGGUAGUACAAAGCAACUAUUUAAACAGCAAGCUCUUGACGAAGAUCCUGACAUAGACGAAAGUUCACUUCUUCUACCUGCCACAAAUAAAACCCUACAUGAACGUUCAGCGACAAUUGAUAUCGCUGAAGGUCUCAGCAAAUCAGAUUCUGCUGAAAUCCUUCGAAUUAUAUCCGAAAGAAGGCGAAUGGAUAAAAAUGACAACAGUGGUAAUGAAGAUUCAGACUAUAAUGAAUUAUUACUUGUCAAAACGCCUAUGUCAUCUGUCGAUGCCUAAAAUAUCGUAGAAAUAAUAAUAAAUUAAUGAUGUAAAUUUAAAAAAUCCCAAAACAAACAACACUAUAUUCUCUUACUAAAUAAUGCAAAACAAAAGUAAAAAAAGGUUUUCAUUAAAUGUUCUGUUAAAUAUAUUUGUAUUGUAUAUUUAAAAAAAUAUAAUUGAAAAAAAAAACAAACUCUGUGAUUAGGUAUAAAGUUUGUAUAGAAAUCAAUUAUUCUUCGCUUUCAUCUAUAUAUAUAUAAAUUUAGGUAAUUUUACUUACUCGUAAACAACAACAAAAAAAAAUCUUUGCAACCACAACACUCUUAAAGUUCAAAAAGUUUUAACAUUAAAUUUUAAUAAAAAUAGGUUAGCUCUAAACUAGACAAACAAUGGAAUUUAAAUAAAAGGAUCAACAAAAUAUAUACCUAUAUAAAGAGAAAUAUAUAUACAUUUAUAUAUAUAAAAAUUUAUACUGAAUAUAAAAAAAAAUAUAAUUAAAUUUUUUAAAUUAAAUAUAUAUAAUGUUUUAUAAAAAUGACAAUCUUAUAACAGCCUUUUUCUAAGUAGUGUAAAAUUAAAUUU